AUGGACAGUUCGGUCUCCUAUGCGUCAAGCGGGGAGAGCGUCUCAAUCGACUCAAACAAAUUAGCGCUUGUCGCCGUUGCACCAGCACUCGAAGCCCUCGACAAUCAAAUCCUCGCCACUCGCGAGAGUCAAAAGCUUUUGAAUCACAACGUUGAUAAAAUGGCUGAGUUUUUACGUCAACUCAAUGAGAGCGAAGAGCCGUAUGAUUUGAUCUCGUACGAGAUGAAAUUGGCCGACUGCAAAAAGAGAAUCUCGAGUUCAGCGAAUCACCUUGGCGAGAUUCACGAUCGUCUGAGUCGUCUUCAACGAUUGAUCGCUCGUGAGAUCUAUAAAAAGAAGUCCUCUAUCAAGGGUCAAGCCCCAUUAACUCCACCAAGUCAA